AAUGCUUCCUACUUAUUGUUCUGUGUUUCUAUUUCAGAAUUUUUGGAGAACUAACGUAUUUUUCAAAAUAGGCUAAAGAGUCAAAACCAUCCCAAACCAGUACCAAUUCAAGAAUCUGAACCAACUUACCUGGUUAGGGUUCCGACUUCUGAUUCACCCUAUAAUGGUUACUGCAAGGUAACUGCCUAUGAUUUCUAACUUCCUAUACUUCUUUUUUUAACUCAUAUUCGAACAUUUUGGUUUAUAUUAGAAAAAUUAGGAUCUCUUUACUUAUUUUUCAAUUUUUUAUUUCUUUUUCCUGUUUCCCGUUCUACAAUAUUUUGUAUCCAUUACCCAAAUCUGAGCACUUGUGAGAAGCAUUAACACUCUCAAAGCACUGUAGCACCAUGUAUGUUCCUUUUUGAAAAACGAAAAAUGACUUCUCUAAUUUUAGAAGAAAAUCUGAGGCAUGUCUUGUUUUUUAUUUUGGAAAAUAAACAGGUCAACACGUCUUCCAAUUUUCUUUCCUCCAUUGUUUCAGUUUUGUUGAAAACAGAAAAUAUUCUUAGUAAACCACCCCCAGGAAAACGUGAGCAACAAUAUAUUGGUGCUCCUCUCUAAAAACCUAGAGGCCGCCUCCCCUCUUUGUUGUAGGCAUGGAUCGGUUUCGGGCCGGGCUCUGGGCCGGUCCAAACCAGGCUGGUCUCAGGCCGGUUUAUUUUUUUUUUUUUUUUUUGCUUUUCUAAUUAACCCCCGACCCCCCCCAACCCCCCAAAAACACCUAGCCCAACCCGGGAAAAACAAAAAAAAUUGAAAAAACAAAAAAUAAAUAAAUAGGUCCGAACCGGGCCCGGCCGGUUCCAAAGGAAGGGUAGGCCCGAAACCGGACUGCUCUAACACACCAGGCCGGUCCUAGGCCUGGUUCCCGGGCCGUUCCGGGCCCGCACAGUGGCAGGUCGGGCCGGUUUCCGGGCUGGGCCGACCUGAACCGGUCCAUGCCUACUUUGUAAGGGUUGAGAUUUUCCGCCGUCCCUAUCAAUAUGGGGCUGGAGCGGCAGAUUAUUUUGAUUGCAAGUGUUCUAACGCUUGGGAUUGCAACUACGUCGAAGGAGAUAACGUUGGCGGAUAAACAGAUUGCGGCUGAGAGUUUGUAUCGGUGCUGGAUCGUGAAACAUUGGUCGGCUGCUCCGGCGGUGGUGGAGUUGGUAUUCACCCAUAUUGCAAGAGUCCGUCCUCCUCCGGAACCACCCCCAUACCAGGAAGAGUUUUGUGGAAAGAUUUUAUUUCAAUAUUAUUGUUUCUUUAGUAAUACUUGUUUUUGUUGUAGUCCGGCUGUCCGGGUAGAUUUGGUUUAAAUGUUUGAAUUUUUGGAGUUCUUUUGAUAGGCAAGGUUUCAGAUCCGUUCGUUAAAUUUGCGCGUUUCAGGUUUAGUAAGUCAUGUUGCUUUGUAUGACGUGAUUGAUUCUAUGUCUACUCCUAGGCUUCACGAUUGGAUCUGUAAAAUCUGUCUGAAGAUUGUCGUGUAUGCACUCUCAAUUUUAAUAUAAAG